GGCUGCCCAUGGAAGCUAAGCUCCUUGCAAGCCACAGCCUCUCUGCUCCGUUGCUGGUGUUACAUAAGAUUAGAGUGAAGUUUCUACUAUUAGAAGCAGUUAGCUGCAUGGCGACUGUGUCCUCUCCUGAUGCGUAUAGCACAGUUAUGGCUGCUGGCAGCAGGACUUAAAACUACAGCUAUUUUAAUUCAGGAAGAAGCAUGAGCGUAUUCAAGAUGUGUCAAGAAAAACAGUAGGUUGGGGGGGGGGGGUUGUGUGUUAAUUCCUAGCAGUGGUACCCUGGACAGGAGCGCCCCAGAAGAGAAUUAAAGGUGAAAGCAUCACCCUAGGCUUGACGGAUAUCCACAGCCGAGUCGGAAAUUAUGGUACGAGCCUGUGGAGGGCAGCGCUGUCUUGCUGGGGAUGGUGCAUUGAAUAGCUCAGAGAUGCCAGCUGCUAAGAAAAGCUGUCUCUGAUAUAGCCCAAGUGCGUGCAAGAGAGGAGCAAGAUGCCUCACACCAGAGACUCUGCAGGGAGCAGAGCUUCCUACAAAACACCAGCGCUAUCAGACCUCCAGCGGCUCUUUUGGUUCAGAGGAGGGUCUGACAAUCAUGUGGACCAAGUCUGGCCAAAUAUUUACCUGGGAGAUGCGUGGGCUGCUAGGAGCAAAGCUACUCUUCAAAGCCUCAACAUUACUCAUAUCCUUAAUGCAGCAGAUGGGCCAUAUAGCAUCAACACGGGAGCCAAAUAUUACGAAGAUCUGCAAAUAGAGUACUACGGAGUAGAAGCAUUUGAUGAUCCUUCCUUUGAUUUAAGUAUCUUCUUCUGCGAUGCUGCCAAUUUUAUAAGCAAAGCCUUAAACACUUCAGGAGGUAAGGUGUUUGUUCAUUGCGCCAUGGGGGUAAGCCGCUCUGCAUCUUUAGUGCUUGCCUUUUUAAUGAUCCAUGAAAACAUGACACUUGUGGAUGCUCUGAAAACAGUGAGCGCUCACAGAGACAUCUGCCCAAAUUCAGGAUUCCUCAGCCAGCUCCGGGACUUGGACAUUAAAUUAAAUGAAGAGAGGAAAGGAACCAGAGAAUCUGCUACUAAAGAGUUGUAAGAGCGUAUUGCUGAAAGAGAGAGGACAAAAAUUUAUUUGAGUUUCCUGUAUCUCUUUUAAAUGAAUUGUAUUUGUAAACUAAGGAUGCAAGUUUAUAAUGCAGCAGAAUAUGUGUUAUUACUUGAUCUUUCCAUUUUGCAAAACGCUCCUAGAUUAUACUUACAGUUGGUAGUAUAUUGUAUCCUUCAUUCUCCACCUUAAAACAUUGCUCUCUGCUGGGGAGAAAGGAAAAAAAAAAUAUAUAUAUCAGGUUCCACUUCAGAAAUAGCUGUGUUUCAGCAACUAGUGAAGCUCAUAUCACUUUAUGAAGUGUUAGGCUAUUUGAGGUGAAAGAUGCCAUAUUAUUUAUGCUACAAUAAUGCUUAGAAGUUUUCUUAUGAAUCAGCCCCCCACCCCUUUGCUCCCCAUAUCUAAAAUGGUUUGUAUUUUGAGACUUGAAUCUGGCACUGGUUAGUUCUUGCUUUUACAAUUGGUGGAGCCCCUGAGUUGGGGGUAAGAGGCUGUUUAAAGGCAGAGCAGCUGGGAAACAAUACAAACCACUCUUUAAGAAAUUACUCCAUGUCUAUUUAUAUAGUGUUUUCCCUUUAACUGUUCGUCAGAUAUAAUUUUUCUUUACUCCAUGAAAAUACCUUUAUUUGAGAGGACUUUCAAAUACUGUUCAUCUUCCCUGAUAAAAAUCCAUCCAGGAGAUGCUGUGGAAAAUGCUUCCGAAGAGGAAGGUGGGUUCCCAGCUGAGGCUGCAUGGGCAGUGGGAGCGAGUGCAGGAAAGCAUUUGACAACAAAGUUCAAAGGAUUCCAAAUUUGUCUGACAGUUCAACGUUAUAAAACUCGUGAUUUUCUUUCUCAAAAAUAAAGGCCAUUAACAUUGCAA